UUAAAAUAAAACUUCGAUUUUCUGCAGCCAUGAACACCACCGCACAGGAAUAAUUCUUGGUGGUGGGCGCAAUACCGUGUCGGCCAAGUCGGAGGAACGCGUUGCCUGCUGUUCAGUUAGUAGCCUUGCCGGCUGUUAGUGUUGUCAGUAUCAUCGUCGGGCGUAGUACUACGCACUGAAAACGCGAGGUAUUGAUUCACGGUGACUUGUGCAGCACCCAGGGUAUAAAGGAUCGAUCCGUGCCGUCUUCGUUCUCUGUCCCUGAAUUACAAGUUCAAUUCCUGGACAUCAAUUAUUACUACUGGCAUUGAAAGUUUUUCCUUUGCUGUACGUGCUUUGAAGUUCGCGUAACGCGCACCGAAAUUCCGAAACACAAGAAAUCCCAACAAUUCCGAGUACAGAAGUACGGCCGCCUAGAUUCGGUGGAGUAGAGUGAGUAAAAUUGGAACAUGGACGUCAGACUGCUACUGUUAGCCCUGGGGAUCAUCGGGACGAUGGUUGCCACGGUCGCGACGAGAUUCGGCUUUCCUGGGUUCAACAAGAUCGCCCAGAUCUUCCUUGCUUUGGUGCUACUUCCGGUGCUCUGCAGGUUCCAUCGAAAGCUUUACAUUAUCUUCAAGAUGCUGCCUCGCGAUGUGAUAUUUCUUUAUCGUGCUAUAACGGCUGAGCUUGAGAUGAAAGUCCAACGUCGGAACAAUAUGACUGUCACGAAGAUUUUUAAGAAGAGAGUGGAACGUUACCCCACGAAGCCAUGUUUCAUCAUGGAGGAUCGUGUUUGGACCAAUUCUGACAUUAACAAGUACAGCAACCAGAUUGCGUCCGUGUUUCAAAAGGCAGGGUACAAGAAAGGGGAUGCUGUGGCUUUGAUGAUGCCGAACAGGCCAGAGUACGUCGCGAUCUGGCUCGGACUGGGAAAGCUGGGCGUCGUGACGGCUCUAAUCAACACAAACUUACGACUCCAGUCGUUAAUUCAUUGCUUUCGUAUAGCCGAGGUGAAGAGCAUCAUUUACGCGGAAGAUUAUUCGUCCGCCAUCAACGACAUCAAGGACUCGAUGCCGAAUGUACAGAUGUACAAGGUGUACACCAACCCUGAAAAAGACGAAAUCGGCGUGCAGAAUUUGAAUAAAUUGCUAGCGGAAGCCGGCACAGAGGAACCGGUUGUGACAGAAGAGAUUGGAUACAGGGACAAGUUGAUUUACAUCUACACUAGCGGUACCACGGGUCUACCGAAAGUGGCGAUUGUGCCCAAUUCAAGGUUCUUGUUGGUUGUAAUGCCGUUUAACUUGCUCGGAUUGAAAUCGAACGAUACUUUAUACAAUCCAAAUCCAUUGUACCACACUGCUGGUGGUAUGUUAGGAGUGGGUUUUGCGAUUUUGAAAGGUAUACCGACCGUUUUGAGACCCAAGUUUUCAGUGACGGCUUAUUGGACAGAUUGCAUCAAACAUAAUUGUACCGCGGCACAAUACGUCGGAGAGAUGUGUCGUUACUUAUUAAAUGCUCCGCCCCGAGCAGAGGAUAAUGCCCAUCGUUUGAGACUCAUGUUUGGAAACGGCAUGAGGCCACAAAUUUGGAGCGAAUUUGUUAAACGCUUCAAUAUUAGCCGAGUUACCGAGUUCUACGGAUCCAGCGAAGGAAACGCGAACAUUGUGAACGUGGAUGGUCGCACUGGUGCUGUUGGUUUUGUACCACUAAUUGUACCUAGAUCAUUUCAUCCUGUGGCAAUAAUUCGUGUGAAUAGAGAGACCUACGAACCAGUUAGAGGCUCUAAUGGAUUGUGUAUAAGAGCGGAUAUAAAUGAACCAGGUAUGUUUAUAGGAUUAAUAAAAGAAGGGAACGCUUCGAGAGAAUUCAAUGGGUAUUUAGAUAAGGAAGCAUCAAAAAAGAAGAUAAUAGAGAAUGUGUUUGUUAAAGGCGAUAAGGCUUUCCUGACAGGUGAUAUAUUAAUACAAGAUGAAUACGGUUACAUUUACUUUAAAGACAGAGUAGGAGAUACAUUUAGGUGGAAAGGAGAAAAUGUUGCCACCGCAGAAGUAGAAGGUGUUAUUAGUAAUAUUGCCGGGCAGCGGGAUGCUACUGUCUAUGGAGUUCAGGUGCCUGGAAUGGAAGGGAGGGCAGGCAUGGCAGCAAUAGUCGAUCCAGAUAGCCUAUUAGAUUUCAAGGCCCUUGCGCAAGGUUUGGAGAAAGCUCUACCAGCGUAUGCAAGACCAAUCUUCUUACGAAUUGUGAAAGAACUUGAAAUGACAGGAACAUUCAAAUUGAAAAAAGUGAAUCUACAAAAGGAAGGCUUCGAUCCUAGCAAAGUGCAAGACAAGAUGUACUUCCUUUCCGGAAAUAAGGAGUACAUCGAAAUUACACCUGAACUUUAUCAAGAAAUCAUAUCCGGCUCAAGGAAGUUCUAGUCGUUGUGUUAAUGCUUCUCAAACAACUUGUAAGCGUUGGAAAUAUUUUUAAAAGUUAGACGUAUAAUUUUUUUUACGAUGUGAACAUGACUUUAUGCACGCGCCUUGUAGAUACAAUGCAUAGGAUUUUAUAAUAUUACAUAAACCAUUGAACUUAGGUGGAAGUUUUCGGACAAUGUUAUUUUUAUGAAAGCUCAAAAGAAGCUUGUGUAGUAAGGAAUUUCUGUCACAAAGAGAGUUCGAUUUUGCCAACAGUCACAUUGAAACGAACGAAUAUGGUGACAUGUUCCUGUAUAUUUUAUAAAUAUUCUGUACAUUUUUAAAUGAAUGAAUGAUGUGUAGUAUAAGAAAAAUUGGCAUUGUAGAUAAAUUCGCAAAUGAUAAAAAAAAAUAAUAUUUCACAGAACUUUAUUCUGUGAUUAUUAAAAUAAUUAUUAAAAUAUAGUAACAUAUAUAUAUACACCAAAUGUACAUACACACUUGUUAUUGUAUACUAUUCUCUAAAAUUUGUUAUAUUUAGUUCUAUCUGCACUUUUCUUAAUUAUUCUUAGAAAUUUGAAUAGUUAAGUGUAAAAGACUUUAAUGAAUGUGAUCACUUUUCCAGACACGACUUUUUAUAGCAUGUAUCAUGCGAAUCUCUUUGUUAAGAUACUGCUAUAUAAAAAAAAAGAGACAAAAUGAAAUGACCGGAAAAUUGUAUACAGUCCAA